AUGCCCGGCAUCAUCUCCUUCACCGCUGUCCUGCUCUCGGGACUCCUGGCUCAGUCCCAUCUCGUCGCAGCUGUCGGCCGGGCCUGCGACUCGGAGUCCCGUCCCUACUCGACCUGGAUGACCGACAGCGUCAUCGCCCGUCGAGAUGCCAUCCUAGACUCAAGCACGGAAGAUGACGUCUCCAUCGUCUUCAAAAUCGCCCUGUUCGAGUCGACUGUCAUCCGACUGAAAGAAUACUACGAUGCCGACUCCUGCGGCCAGGAGGACUGGCACAGCUACCUUUUAGAGGGUGCAGAAAGCCUCCUCCCCAGAGUAGUGAAUGUCACCGCUGAUAUCAACGCUCCUUUGGACGUAUUCGCAACCGGUGAUGCCCUGUACCACCAAUACGACCGCAACUCCAACGAAACCUACAAACAAGUCCUCGAUACUCUUCACGACGCGCUCAACGACAGGACCCGAAACUCAGAAGACGGCUUCUGGUACUACAAUGCCUACCCCAACCUAAGCUUCCUCGAUGGAAGCUUCCCCCUCAGCUCCUUCUCCAGCCUCUGGAAGACCUACUUCUCACCAACCAACACCUCCAUCGCCGACGACCUCAUGAACAACCUCGACCUCUUCAAAGACCACUGCCACGACGACAGCAGCGGCCUCCUCUUCCACGGCUACGACGCCAGCAAAUCCGCCUGGUGGGCCGACCCCACCACCGGCGCAAGCCCCUACGUCUGGGACCGCGCCCUAGGAUGGUGGCACAUGGCCCUGGUGGAUCUUCUCGAACGCUCCGACAGGAACAACAUCCUGAACGAGACCCAACGCGACGACGUGUACACGAAAUACUGGAACCUUGCUAACACCAUCAUCAACGACGCCGACAACUCCACAGGCUGCUGGUGGCAGGUGAUGUUGCACGGCGGCGAGAAAGGGAACUACAUCGAAUCCAGCGGUUCAUCCAUGUUCGUGUACUCGUUGCUCAAGGGCGCCAGAUUGGGGUAUCUGUCUGGAUCGACGCCCAAUGGAGUGGGCUAUACCGAUGCCGCGGAUAAAUGCUACAACUACCUCGUGGAUAACUUCAUCAAAGAGGAAUCGGAUGGCACGUUAGGUAUGGAUCAGACGGUCUCUGUGUGUGGAUUGACGAAUCCGACAUAUGAGUACUAUACCUCCCAACCCAUCGACUACAACAGCGUGUACGGCACCGCACCAUUUAUCCUCGCAAGCUGGGAACACGAGAUGUUCACAACGGGUUACUAUACCUAA